GGGAGAAAAUUACAGUGUUUGGGCUAUCAAAAUGAAGGCCUUUCUAAAAGGUAAUGGUGUGUGGGAAUCAGUAGAAGAUGGAUUUCAUCCUCCUAUGCUGCCAAACAAUCCAACUGGAGCCCAAAUGAAGAUUAUGGGAGCAGAAACAGCACAAGAAGCAUGGGAUACUCUUAAGAAAGAGUUUGAUGGCAAUGCUCGGGUUAAAGAUCGAAAGGUGGUGGAAAAGAUUAUUGUUAGUGUACCAGAUAAAUUUGAGUCCAAGAUUUCUGCCAUAGAGGAAUCUUGUGACCUCAAAGAGCUAACCAUCAUUGAGCUCAUAAGCAAGCUACAGGCUCAUGAACAAAGGCUGGUUAUGAAAAUUGAUGAAACUACAGAAGGAGCCUUCCUUGUAAGGCAAAAAGGCAAACAACCAGCCACUAGUUCUGAAAGCAAUAAGACCAUGGGUUCUAACCAAGCAUAUCAGCAGCAUCAACAAAGCAGAAAAGGGAAGUUUCCUCCAUGUUGUUAUUGCAGAAAAUCAAACCAUGAAGAAAAAGAUUGUUGGUUCAAAGGCAAAUCACAAAUUGGUGCAGAUUUUGUAAAAAAUAUGGCCAUAUUGAGAAGAAUUGCAAGGCUAAGCAACAACAACAGCAUCAAACACAAUAUCAGCAAGCUUAGUACAGACCAAAGCAACAACAGCAAGUUAAUUACGCUGAAGAUCACUGCAGGGAGGACUACUUGUUCACAGUGUCUCAAGGUUCAUCUCUGCCAUCCAGUACUUGGAAAUGGUACUGUGGUGAGAUCACAAGGGAAAGGUACUGCUGUUAUUCAAACUAAAACAGAAGUUGAUGAUGAUUCAUCGGUUUUGAAAACCAAGUCAGUAGCUGAGAUUUAUGCAAGAUGUAAUUUAGCUUCUGCAGAACCUAAUUGUUUUGAAGAAGCAGCUAAGCAACAGGUUUGGAUUGAUGCCAUGAAGGAGGAGUUAUCUAUGAUCGAAAAAAAUCAAACUUGGUGUCUUGUUCCAAAACUAGAUGAUAAGAAGCCUAUUGGAGUGAAGUGGGUGUUUCGAACUAAGCUAAAUCCAGAUGGUUCUAUACACAAACAUAAGGCCAGACUUGUUAUGAAGAGGUAUGCUCAACAGCCGAGGGUUGAUUAUGGAGAGACUUAUGCUCCGGUGGCAAGACAUGAUACAGUAAGGCUUUUAAUUGCAUUAGCUGCUAAUUUGGGUUGGAAAUUGUUUCAUAUGGAUAUAAAAUCAGCUUUCCUUAAUGGUGUUCUGCAAGAGGAAAUUUAUGUUGACCAACCACCUGGAAUUGAUGACUACUUGAUGAGUCAAGGCUUCAAGAAGAGCACAAAAGAAGCAACUUUGUAUGUGAAAGGCAACAGCAAUGAAUCUCAGCUUAUUUUGUCACUUUAUGUGGAUGACUUAUUGUUAACAAGAAAUGAUUUGAAGUCAUUGGAACAAUUCAAGAAGGUUAUGAUGCAGGAGUUUGCAAUAACAGAUUUGGGAGAGACAAAGUACUUUUUGGGACUUGAAGUUCAGCAAUUGAGCAAGGGAAUUUUCAUUUGCCAGAGAAAGUAUGCAUUGGAUAUCUUGAAGAAGUUUGAAAUGGAGAAUUGUAAACCAGUUGCCACUCCACUGGUUCAAUAUGAAAAGCUUUCUAAGGAUGAUCAAGAAACCAAGGUUAUGUUAGCUCAUAGUAAACUUCAUUUAGUUGCAGCCAAGAGAGUUCUUAGGUACAUCAAAGGAACCUAUGAACUUGGCUUGUGGUUUGACAAUAAUCAACAAGGAAGGUUACAAGGGUAUGCUGAUAGUGAUUGGGCAGGUUUUAUGGAGGAUAUGAUAAGCACAACAGGUUAUGUGUUCUCCUUUAGUUCAGGGAGUUUCUCUUGGAAUUCAAAGAAGCAGGAUGUUGUAGCUCAAUCCACAGCUGAGGCCAAGUAUUGAGCAGCUAGAGCAACAGCGAAUCAUGCUAUUUGGCUUAGAAUGGUGCUUGAAGAACUUGGUUUUGAUCAAAUUGAGCCUUGUGCACUCAAGGUAGAUAACAUGUCAGCAAUUGCUAUUGUUCAAAAUCCAGUGCAACAUGGUAGGACCAAACACAUCAAUAUUAAAUAUCAUGUUAUCAGAAAUUAUGUUCAGGACAAAGAGAUUAUUUUGCAGCAUUGUGAUUCUAAAGUUCAAGUUGCAGAUAUCUUGACUAAAACUCUUCCAAGGCAGAAAUUUGAAGAGUUCAGAGAUAUGCUUGGAGUUACAAAUAUAAAAAACAAGGAGGAGUGUUGAAGUUAGCAGAUAUCAGUUAUGCUUUUUAAUUUGUAAUUGUUUUUUUUUUAGUUUUUUGUAGUUAAGGUCUAUGGUUUCUAGUAGUUUUCUUUUGUAAAACUGAUAUGUACAAGUUACUUAUUUUUCAACAACUCUUAUGUCUUGUGAUUUUUAUCUGAAAUGAAAAAAGAGCUCCAUAUCAGAGAAGCUCUUGUUCUGAAAGUUUCUGAUUCUGCAUUUUCUGUGUUCUUUUACUUUACUGCAAAAACUUAUAUGAACAUAGUCCGGCCAUUUGACUCAAC